AAAAAAGUCAAUUGUCUACGCUAAACCCCCUCCAUCUGAAACGUUAAAAUUCGACAGAUGUUUGGAUGCCAUCUUCGCCACUCCCCAUUAUUGUUGAUUUUGUCCUAAUUGGGAAGAGAGGGGGAGAUCUCACCGCUUGCAGAAAGCUGACUCAGGUUUAUCUUAUCUCCACCCGUGGACGGCUUGUUCCAGUCCAGACCUUGCAAUUCGUCAUGGAUACAAUGCUUGACUCCGAACCCGAUGGAGAAUAUGAAUAUGAAUAUGGUACAGAGACCGAGACCUUUUAUCUCAACCUGGACCUGACCGCCCACCAUGGCCCUGUGCGCCCUCCACGCCGUCGCCCAAAGGAAACAGGGUCCCUGGAGGAUACACGGAACCCUGCAGACGACAUGAGCCAAGGCUUCCCAAGCGAAGCUUAUCCUCCGAUCGAGAGCGCCGAGACAGGCAGCCUCCCGAACGAACGAAUCCAAAUUCUCGACCUCCACACGAACAACCCGAUCAUUUCAUACUACAACCAAAUGUUCAGUUGCUCCUGGGCUGAUCAAAUUGGCACUGAACUAGUUUUCGUCAGUCCAGGCACAGAAACCGACCCGGACAACCACUUCCCUCAACCGCUACACCGUGGACCCUCCUACGAGCUUGUGGCCGCCAACAGCGUGAAGAUCCUCGGUCGGAAGGCACAGCUCGCUCCCAGUGCUGGGCCAGGACCUGCCCAAGGCUUUACCGAGGGACCCUCAAACACAGGACCUAGCGAUGAGCCCGCAGCUUCUCAGGGCGGUGAACCCCUCGGCGUACCCCGUCGUCCCGCAGCCCCAUCCCACCAGGCGCAGUUCCUCCACAGGUUGCAGCAGAUUAAGAAUGCCAAGGGAGAGGGCGAUACUGUUCGCACGGUCAUGAGCACACGUCGCCAUGUGAAUAUGACGGACAGGCAACAAGGCUGGGCCCGUACCGAGGCGCAGCUCGCCGAGAUCGAGCGACUGAACGAACGUGCUUCGAGAGGGGACUUGGAGGCUAAAGCGACUCUUGAGCUGCUGAUUCAAGAGCUCAACCCUGAUGAGGCAGAAUCUGAAUCUGACUCGGAGUUAACAUCUGACAGCGAUGAUCUUACUUCAUGAAUGUGCAGAUCAACAAUGUGCUGACAUCGGCACAGAAUUCGGGUCUAGGCCCUGUGUCUUUUGUGUGGAUCAUCGGAACCUGAACAAACAAGCCAUCGGGUGUCGGUAUCUUACUGGAUCUACGUUGUAGUCCAUACCCGACUUUGUGCUGUCACGUGAAAGUGCCGGGAGCCGGGAACCGAAGAGCAGCACCGACGAAGAUAUAUUGAUAUUCAUGCUGGAAGCAAAAAGGCUACUCUCGUAAUGGAAAAACAAAGCUGACUUUCUCUUUGUAUGAUAUCGAAGGAAUGGCAUCACAGCCCGGGACAAUCAUCCCGACAACGCGCAAUCACUGGAGAUGACAAGCCCCACCCAACUUGACCGAGUGAACAGCUCAUCGAUGGGGCCAUCUUAGCUACGCUAAAAUGAACCCAGUUUACUGCAUAGGUGAAUCUAGAGGGCAACGUCAUCCACAAACCCGAUGCAGGAAUGAAAAUCUUGUUCCACUUGAAAAUCACUGAUCACGCAAACCAUGAUACAAUCCAACAAAUAUGUACAACCCACAACCUACAAUAUAGAUUGCUCUCUGAACCAAUUGUAUCCUGCAUCUGGUGUUC